AUGGCAAACGAAGGCUGGAUGAAAUCUCUCAACCCCGAAAUCAACGGUGUUACCGGAAAAGAAUCCAACCCACUAUCCACCACCGAUCCAGACUCGACCCGAAUAUAUUACAGCAAUGACUCCGACUUCAUCCAGCCUGACCCUGGCCACACAUACCAAGAGGUUUACGAACAAAUCUUUGGUGUACCAUGGACAGAAGAAUCAUCAUCAUCUGGAAUCCCUCCAACCAUGGAGGGUUUUGCACAACAAGCUGAAAGCGUAGAGGUAGGGUUAUCCAAGGUUGUAAUGUCUGGUUUUAAGCCGGAUGAUGUUCCGGUUCAUCAAGAACUGGUGAUGGAGUUUGCGGUUUGUGACCGAUGGUUUGCUUCGAUUCCCGGUGAGACGCAACCAAAUAGGUUAUAUCUUCACUCAGCCACUUCGAAUGGUGCGAUAAGUAAUGAUACCUCGAGGCUCAUCCAAGGGUUUCCUCAGAAGACCAUAUUUGAAUCGUUGGAGGAAAGCGGUUUAUCUUUCGGAAUUUAUUAUCAAUACCCUCCCUCAACACUUUUCUAUAGGAAUCUAAGACAACUGAAGUACAUCGACAACUUUCAUCAGUUUGAUCUCAGUUUUAAACAAGAUUGCGAGGAUGGAACGUUACCGAAUUAUGUUGUUAUAGAACAAAGAUAUUUUGACCUUCAAAUAUUGCCAGGAAACGAUGAUCACCCUUCUCACGACAUCUCAGAAGGCCAAAAGUUAAUAAAAGAAGUCUACGAAGCAUUGAGAUCGAGUCCCCAGUGGAAUGAAAUCUUGUUUCUAGUGACAUAUGAUGAACAUGGUGGUUUUUACGAUCAUGUCCCCACCCCUGUCACUGAUGUCCCGAGCCCUGAUGGCAUUGCGAGUCCUGCACCGUAUAACUUUCAAUUCGACCGUCUUGGAGUCAGGGUUCCGACUAUUUUGAUUUCUCCUUGGAUCGAAAGGGGAACCGUGUUGCAUGGGCCUUCAGGACCUUACCCGAGUUCACAAUUUGAACAUUCUUCCAUUCCAGCGACUGUAAAGAAGCUCUUCAACCUAAAAGAUUUUUUGACAAAACGAGACGAGUGGGCAGGAACUUUUGAAGGCAUUCUCACUAGAGCCACUCCUAGAACAGAUUGUCCAGUUAGCUUACCUGAGCCUGAGAAAAUGAGAGAUGGUGAAGCAAACGAAGAUGCCAAACUAACCGAAUUUCAAGUGGAACUUGUACAGUUAUGUGCAGUGUUAAAAGGGGACUAUAAAGAUGGCAUUAGUCUUGAGAAGUUAGUAGAGAAUAUGAAGGUUAAGGAUGCAACGGGAUAUAUGGAGGUUGCAUUCAAACAAUUCUGUGAUGACUGUAGAAAAGCUAAGGAAAAGGGGAAAGAUGACUCGUAUAUAGUAUGUGAUAAAGAGUUAUCGUCUUGUCUAAUAUGCACAAAACAGUUUGUCGGGAAGAUAUGUUCAUGUUUUCUUUGUGAGAAUUGAAUUAUUUGCAAUAGUUUACUUUUUCAAAGUGGAUAUGGAUUCUUAAUAUAUAUGAUAUAUACAAGUUAAUUUGGUGGGCAAUUAUGUACUCUCAAUUCAAUUUGGUGGACGUUUAUGUCACUUUCUCACGUAUGUGUGGGAUGGUUUAAAAUUCAUUUAUUCUCUUAAGCAAUCAUUUCAAUCAACUUACUUUUAAUGAUUAAUA